AAGUCAGGGUGGGACGUGGGCGCGAGGAGACAGGCGGUAGCUACAACGCAGAGGGGAGCUGAAGCUGUGUCUGGGCAGCCAGGCUAGGCCAGGAAGACCAUGUGAAUGGGGCCAGAGGGCUCCUGGGCUGGGCAGGGACCAUGGGCUGUAGCUGCAGCUCAAACCCUGAAGAUGACUGGAUGGAAAACAUCGACGUAUGUGAGAACUGCCAUUACCCCAUAGUCCCACUGGAUGGCAAGGCCACGCUGCCCAUGCGGAAUGGCUCUGAAGUUCGGGAUCCACUGGUCACCUAUGAGGGCUCCAACCCCCCAGCCUCUCCACUGCAAGACAACCUGGUGAUCGCCCUGCACAGCUAUGAGCCUUCUCACGAUGGAGACCUGGGCUUCGAGAAGGGUGAACAGCUACGUAUAUUAGAGCAGAACGGCGAGUGGUGGAAAGCACAGUCCCUGACCACGGGCCUGGAAGGUUUCAUCCCUUUCAACUUCGUGGCCAAAGCAAACAGCCUUGAGCCGGAACCCUGGUUCUUCAAGAAUCUGAGCCGCAAGGAUGCGGAGAGGCAGCUUUUGGCGCCCGGGAACACGCACGGCUCCUUCCUGAUCCGGGAGAGCGAGAGCACAGCGGGAUCCUUUUCAUUGUCCGUCCGGGACUUCGACCAGAACCAAGGAGAAGUGGUGAAACAUUACAAGAUCCGAAACCUGGACAAAGGCGGCUUCUACAUCUCUCCCCGCAUCACUUUUCCUGGCUUGCACGAACUGGUCCAUCAUUACACGAAUUCUUCGGACGGGUUGUGCACGCGAUUGAACCGGCCCUGCCAGACCCAGAAGCCCCAGAAGCCGUGGUGGGAGGAUGAGUGGGAAGUUCCCAGGGAGACGCUGAAGCUGGUGGAGCGGCUGGGGGCUGGCCAGUUCGGGGAGGUGUGGAUGGGGUACUACAACGGGCACACGAAGGUGGCAGUAAAGAGCCUGAAGCAGGGCAGCAUGUCCCCCGAUGCCUUCCUGGCCGAGGCCAACCUCAUGAAGCAGCUGCAACACCAGCGACUGGUCCGGCUCUAUGCGGUGGUCACCCAGGAGCCCAUCUACAUCAUCACGGAAUACAUGGAGAAUGGGAGCCUGGUGGAUUUCCUCAAGACCUCCACAGGCAUCAAGCUGACCAUUAACAAACUCUUGGACAUGGCAGCCCAAAUUGCAGAGGGCAUGGCAUUCAUUGAAGAUCGGAAUUACAUCCACCGUGACUUGAGGGCUGCCAAUAUCCUGGUGUCUGAUACCCUGAGCUGCAAGAUCGCAGACUUUGGCCUAGCGCGCCUCAUUGAGGACAACGAGUACACAGCCAGGGAGGGGGCCAAGUUCCCCAUUAAGUGGACAGCACCAGAAGCCAUCAACUACGGGACAUUCACCAUCAAGUCUGAUGUGUGGUCUUUCGGGAUCCUGCUGACGGAGAUUGUCACUCACGGUCGCAUCCCUUACCCAGGAAUGACCAAUCCUGAGGUGAUUCAGAACCUGGAGCGAGGCUACCGCAUGGUACGACCUGACAACUGCCCAGAGGAGUUGUACCACCUCAUGAUGCUGUGCUGGAAGGAGCGCCCGGAGGAACGGCCCACUUUUGACUACCUGCGCAGCGUGCUGGAGGACUUCUUCACGGCCACGGAGGGCCAGUACCAGCCCCAGCCCUGAGGGGUCCAGCCGGCUGGGGCUUGGAGCCCACCCCCCAUCUAGCCAACCCAGCUGGGGGAGAUGCAGUUCUUGGGUCUCACCCAUAUGGGGCUUUGCACAUAUGGACUGUGCAUGUGAAUUCCACUCAGCAUGACACAUAUACGUCUUGUGUCCUGUACACGGGUUCUGCAGUUGGCUGAGCACAUGUGUCUUUAUAUGUGUGGCCUGUGCAUAUAUGUCUUGGACACUUGUCCAAGCUGUCCCUUUCUGCCCCCUCCCCCUUCUGAGACUACCAAAGAGAGGAGAGAGGCCUGUGAUGACCACCAGCUUCUUCCCACCCCUUUUCCUUUCUCUUGGUCAUCAAGAAGCUCCUUGAGGACCAGGACGUUAUCUAAUACCUCUGUGUGCUCCUCUUUGGUGCCUGGCACACAUCAGGAGCUUGUCAAUAAAUGUCUAUUUGUUGAUGAA